CACCCGCUCCUCCCCGACUCCGACGGUGAUCAGCUGACCUGUCAAAAUAUUACGCAGCGCGUGCUGGUGUGUUUGUAUUUGUGUGCGUCGCUUAACUACACGCUGAAGACAUGGCAGCCAAGAUGGAGCUCGCUCCUCUCAGACCGUGGGACGAUUUCUUCCCUGGAACGGACCGAUUCGGCAAACCGGAGUUCGGAGAUUUAGCCAAGUGGAACAACAGGGUGAUCAGUAAUCUGAUGUACUACCAGACGAAUUACUUCGCCGUGGUUCUGGUGGUUUUCCUCAUUGUAGGGUUCAUGAAUCCAUUCGGCAUGUUCCUGGGAGGAGCUGUGGUGACACUGGUCUUUGCAGGUUCUGUUUGGGCAGGAGAAAAUAAGGCCACCAUUAAGAACUUCAAAAGGAAGAACCCCACUCUCUUUGUCAUUGGUGUUAUGGUUACCAGCUACUUUCUGCUUUCAAUGUGUGGUGGCGUCAUGGUCUUCAUCUUCGGAAUCACCUUUCCUUUGCUCUUAAUCCUGAUCCAUGCUUCUUUGAGACUUCGCAACAUGAAGAACAGGCUGGAGAACAAGAUUGAAGGUGUUGGGCUAAAGAAGACCCCGAUGGGCAUCAUCAUGGAUCUCCUGGACCAACAGGAGGAGAAAAUUAAUAAGAUUCAGGAUUUCAUUGAAAGCAAACUGAAGGAGUAAGGCUCCAGCCAAGAGUGUGUCAAGAGAAAUCAGUGUCAUAACAGUAUGGAUUAAAGUUUCUGUAGAAUUAUCCAAUGAGUCUCAGUUUUAGCCCCCAUAUAAAUGUAAAGUUACAGAUUUUUUUUUUCUCCAUUUCCAUUUUAGUUUAAUUCAUGCUCUUACAUGUUUGUGUGAGUUCACAAUCUAAUCUAAAGUGUCCACAUAGACUAUUUCAUCAUAACGGAGUUUGCACAAUCAUUGUAUGGAUUGGAUGUUGGGAUCAAAGGUUUGAGCAUUCCUGUGUCAAAAUAUGUCCACAAACAAGUAAUUCCCCCUUGUUAACAGUGCACUUUGUUCUACACAAUAGUCAAGUAUUUAUUUAAUCCAAAGAAAGUGGAAAGUCAGAACAGAAUAAACAGCUGUUAGAUACCAGCUGCAUUUGUUAUUUAAAAAAUCAUUUAUUUUCAGUUUGCUACCUCAAAAUGAGCAUGUUUAUCCUGGUUCUCACGGAGUAGACCCACAUUACCAAAAUGCACUCCCACCACUCAGUAAACUGCUUAUUAAACAGCAAUAACUCCAAUCAUGUCAUUGCAGGAGCUUUGUGAAUGCUGAAACCAGCUUGCUUCUAGUAUAGACAUUGUUAUAUGUCCUGACUAAUAAUAAUAAUAAUAAUAAUGGAGUGUGGAUAUUCAAUUUGUCAAAAAAUUUGUGCAUACAGUUUCUGACCAUACAGGGUGGCCUGAGUGUAUCCCGUCUGAUCACAGCUAUGCAAUACUGAAAAAUGAAUGGCAAGUGAAGCUUUAUUGUUUUGAGUAUAUGUUUGUUAUUUCUGAUGUGUCAUUAUUUUCAUAAUAUAGCAUGCAGAAAUGUACAAAAAAUAAAUAAAUUUACAUUCAAAUUUUA